AUGCUAAACAUUUGGAAGUUUUUGCAGUUCAUAGGUCCAGGCAUAAUGGUCUCUGUGGCCUAUAUGGAUCCUGGUAAUUAUUCCACUAGUGUAGCGGGUGGCGCUCAGUUCAAAUAUGAGUUGUUAUUCUCAAUAUUUGUUUCGAAUUUAUUUGCGAUAGUAUUACAAUGCCUUUGUGUGAAGUUGGGUACUGUUACUGGCUUAGAUCUUGCUGAAAAUUGCCGUCGUCACCUUCCCCGUAAGCUUAACUACGCUUUGUUCGGUUUUGCAGAGUUUGCUAUUAUUGCAACCGACUUAGCUGAAGUUGUUGGUACUGCCAUCGCAUUAGAAAUCUUAUUUGGGAUUCCUUUGACGUUUGGUGUUCUCCUAACUGUGCUGGAUGUGCUAUUUAUUUUAAUAUUCUAUCGUCCAGAGAAGCACUCCAUGAAGCAAGUUAGGAUGUUCGAAACGUUUGUUAGUGUCUUUGUGGGUGCAACAUUGGUCUGCUUUGUUUUAGAACUUUCAAAGUUGACUAUUGUUAGUAAGUGGGAGCUUUUCCGUGGGUUUAUGCCAAGUAAAGUUGUAUUUAAGGAACAGCAAGCGAUGUACAUAUCACUGGGUAUCUUAGGGGCGACAGUUAUGCCGCAUUCAUUGUACCUAGGCUCAUCACUUGUCAAGCCGAGAUUGCACGACUAUGAUAUCAAGAAAUAUGGGAAAGUGAGGAGCACGGGGCCAUCUUUGGCUGCUGUGAAGUACACACUUAAUGUCUCAUAUGUUGAACUGAUUAUAUCUUUGUUUUUUAUUGCUACAUUUGUUAACUCCGCGAUAUUGAUUGUUGCUGGCGCAACCUUGUAUGGUGAAGCAGAUGCAGGUGACGCAGAUUUAUUGACAAUUUAUCAGUUGUUGUGCAAGAACAUAACUCCAGCAGCAGGCUUGAUAUUUGCACUUGCAAUGCUAUUCAGUGGACAAUCUGCUGGUGUAAUUUGUACGAUGUCAGGACAGAUUGUGUCAUCAGGGUUUUUAAACUGGACUAUCGACCCAUGGAAGACUAGAUUAUGCACAAGAAUGUUAGCAAUUGUGCCGUGCCUACUUGCCACAAUAUUUAUGGGAUCCAAAGGUAUUGCAAGUAUGCUUAACUUCUCUCAGGUGGUACUAUCGCUGCUUCUUCCCAUCGUUUCUGCCCCAUUAUUAUAUUUUACUGCCAACCGGAAGAUUAUGACUGUUUCUGAUUUCAGUAAUAGUUUAUAUAUUGAGUCAGAUGAGCAUACUUCAUUGGUUGUAAAUAAAGAAACAGAGAAGGACUAUACCAAUAGUAGUUGGCUAACCGCAACUGCAGUUGGCAUUUGGAUUAUCAUUAGCUCGCUAAACUCCUACUUAGUGUUUUCGUUUCUUAUGGGCGCGGAUGUUCAUUUUUGA